AUGGUGAGGAAAAUGAAGCUUCUCUCAUUUUUCAAAAACAAUGAUAAAAAAUCAUCUUCACCAAGGGCUUGUCUACAAUGUAGCAAAAAACCGAAAACCCUAUCUUUCAGAGCCAACCAAAACGACGCUAUAUCCGAUAUUCCAGAAACUUCUGAAUUCAUAACACCAGAAUUUUCUUCUGAGAAUUCCAGUGGUGGUUCAGUUGAAACUGUGAAUAUUGAAUGUUUACGUUCGGGUCGAUUUUUCUUCGAACCGGACGAAACAAGAUCAAUAUUUAAGGACAAAGAAAACAUUAAUUCAUUUGAUGAAUUGAUAACUAGGUCUAGCGGGAGUAAUAAUAAUGAUAGUAAUAAUGAGAGUUCGUUAUUACCAUUUGAAAACACGGUUGAGAUUGCGAUAGAUUCGCGGAACCCUAUCGAAGAUUUCAAAAAAUCGAUCGUGGAGAUGGUGGAGGCUCAUGGUGUUAACAACUGGGAAGCUUUGGAGAAGCUUUUGGAUUGGUAUUUGGAAGUUAAUGAGGAAAGGAAUCAUGAAUUUGUUAUUGAUGCUUUUUUUGAUUUAUUUGUUAAUAAUCAUGAUUCUCCACAUUCUUCUCCUUCUUCUUCUCUUGAUUCUUCAUGGAGCACAGCUCGUGUUUCAUCUUAUAGUUCACCUUUGUAA